AGAAGCUUGCUGUUGUGCUGUGAACAGGCACUUCUUUCAAGAAGGCGGAGAGCGAUGCUUACUCUACUGACAGAAGAGCUAGUAGACCGGCAAGAAGUCAGGACAUAUUCUCAUUGCACCAGCAGACGAUUACACUAACAGUGGGUUUUCGAAAGCCAACUUCUACUCCCUGGGGGUUAUUGCCUCUGAAUACAAAUUCAAGAUCCUCUCUUGCUGGCAGGCAAAGAGCAACAGAUGCACUCAACCACAGGCUUACUUCGCAACCCAGCAUCUGUCUCAACACGCACACCAAAGCUGUGCCCACGGGAAGAGGAUACCCAUGUUUUAUUGACAGAACCGCAAGUGGUUUGAGUUUAAGCUGGUGGCUGACUAGAUUUGUUUUUUUUAUCAUUCCAUUUUACAUGUUUUUUUUUUCUUUUGGGGUGAACCUCUGGAUUGCGUGAGCCAGUAUGAUGUCUGUUGCUGUGGUAUGUGUAAUGUUUUUUCUAAUGGGCUCACGGGAGGCUCAGGUUGCUUUACAAACUCAGGGGCAAAGCCAGAGUCAGGUUCAAGAGCAAGACAGUUCUGCUACCCCUUGGAGACAGGUGAUACAGUGGGAAAACAAUGGGCAGGUAUUUAGCCUGCUGAACAGUGGAGCUGAGUAUGUCCCUGCUGGGGCUGGAACCCAAGAAAGAGUUCCCAGGGUCAUUUUGUCAGAUCCUCAACCUUCACGCAGACGUCAGGGAGGCAAUCUCCGUAGACAGGCUCCACCAAGGGGAUCUUCUGAAACUGUUCGUGGGCAGGCCCGGCAUCCUUUUGGCUUUGGACAAGUGCCUGAUAACUGGAGACAAACUACAGGCAGCACAGGAACUAGCCAGUUUCAUGGUUCAUCAAGCAGCCAUCGCCGUCCAUCGACUUCAUCCUUUUCCUCAUCUUCAUAUAAUAUACCAUCCUACCCACAAUACCCAUUUCCCCAGCAGCACCCCUUCCAACCUUUUGAUGGAAGUUUUCCAGAGGGUACAGUCAGAAACUAUGAGCCACCUUUCCAGCCUGUCUCAGGUGCCGGAUACAGUGGAGGAACAUACGGCACUGGACAAGGGUAUACUGCAGGUGGAUAUGGAGGAGGUCUUGGCCCAGUCUUCUCAGGUUCACCAUCUGAAUUUCCUGAAAAUGGUUACUAUUAUUACCAGUCGUAUGGCUAUGGGCCCAAUCCAGUGGGACCUUCAAGUGCUGCCCAACCAUCAUUUGUAGAAGGUCUGGAUCACAGAUAUACCCACAGCCUCUUCAACGAAGAAUCUCCCCCUGCCAACCCUGUCCCUAAUGUCAACCAAGCCCUUCCUGUUGUGGUGGAUAGACAAGGAGCUGCUGGGCAACCAGCAGUCAGAAGCCCACAAUAUGAGCAGUUUCCUCCCUAUGGAAGACCCCGGCCUCCCUUCUCGCAGCCUUUUCCUCAAAGUAGAACCUCACCAAACUCUGCCCCUGAGAACCCUGGUUCCAAUGUUGGCAAUGUGUAUCGAGGAACCCAAAGAGGUUUGCCCGACCUGGUUCCUGAUCCGAACUAUGUCCAAGCGUCGACAUAUAUCCAAAGAGCCCACAUGUACUCCCUCCGCUGUGCUGCAGAGGAAAAAUGCCUGUCAAGCUCUGCCUAUGGCCCUGAGACCACUGACUAUGAUGUAAGGGUACUGCUACGAUUUCCACAGAGGGUGAAGAAUAAAGGCACGGCUGACUUCAUGCCCAACAGGCCUCGUCAUACCUGGGAAUGGCACAGUUGUCAUCAACAUUACCACAGCAUGGAUGAGUUCAGCCAUUAUGAUUUGCUGGAGGUCAGCACUGGCCGUAAAGUGGCAGAAGGACACAAGGCUAGCUUCUGCCUGGAGGACUCCACCUGUGACUUUGGUCACCUAAAGCGCUAUGCCUGCACUUCUCACACUCAGGGUCUUAGCCCAGGCUGUUACGAUACAUACAAUGCUGAUAUUGACUGCCAGUGGAUCGAUAUCACCGACAUCAAACCUGGAAACUACAUACUAAAGCUUGUGGUGAAUCCCAAAUUCUUGGUGCUUGAGUCGGAUUUCACCAACAAUGUAGUGAGGUGCAACAUUCACUACACCGGACGAUUUGUCACAACAAACAACUGCAAGUUAGCACAGUCUUGAUCCAGCACAGGAGGACUGCUGCUUUAGUGACCUUGAUUGCUGUUCCAUUGAAUUGUGCUUGUUUAAAACUUUUUUUUUAUUUUUUUUUAUUUUGUUGUCUCUGUUUAGUUUGCUGUUUGGGGAACAGCAAAUCAAAGUUUCACUAGUUUUGACAAUGUGGAGGUUUAAACAUUCCCACUUUAACUUUGACAUAAAACAUUUUACACACUGGUAUCCUAAUAAAGCAAUAACAGUCCACACAGCCAUGCAUUUUAUGGGAAGAGCACUCUGCUUGUAUGUAUUUCAAAUUGCUAUGUGACCAGCCUGGUUUUGCUCCAUGAUAGUUCACAUCACUCACUUUUAAAGGGUGUUUACUAUAUUUCCACAUAGUUAAGUCUCAUUUUAGCUAUAAUCUAUUCUAACAAAUGAAAUUAGGCAAAAGCAUUCAUCUGUGCAAUGUGGCAGCACACAGAAAUGCCCAGUGAUUCAGAAGAGCUACAAUUUAUCAGUUUAUGUUUUUCAUUCUCUCUUAAUUACCUUGGCAGGUCAUGAUGUGAUCCUGUGGUUUUCUGGCCACAUACUGGUAAAUGUUUUGUUAACAGUGAAAAGAAGACAGCAGGUUUUAUUUGUAUGUGUUAAUUUCAAAGUGUUAGCCACCGGAAAAGACAGACUAUUCGUAACAGGCUGUGUAAAACAUGACUCUUGGCAAAAAGGGUGCUCUCCAGAAAACAAAACUUGCAGUAUGUUUGAUGAAUUCUUACACAUUUGUUUGUGCUUCACACUGGUCAGAUAGCAGAUAGGUCAUCUAUACCUUUUGAAGAAUGUUUAUACAGAUAUUCAACCAAUGCAUGAUUUUGGUGAUGGUGAUAAUCUUAUGUAACUGAUUGUUUUUUGCCUAUUCACUUUUAUUUGUUACUGUAAUAGGUAUUUUUUUAUAUUUUUUCUUGAUUGUUAAAAAAACACAAAUGCAGAUAUGUGUAUAAUGCAGAAAGUGCAGAGUUGCAGAUCGUCACCUCUUCCUACCUCUCCUGUUGAGCGAGUCACCGUUUCCAAGACCUUUCAAAUGCAAACAAUUUUAAGUUAAAAACUGUACGUGUCUAGGCCUGGUCUAUUUGGUAUCAACUGCUUUGUCCUAAUACAACAAUAUUUAAAUACAAACAAGGAGUACAACUUGAAUUUUGUUCAUUUUGAGAAAAACAAAGUACCGAAGUAAUACCUAUGUUAAUAGUAAUGUGAGAUGUUGUGUAACAUAUAUCCUUGGGUAAAAUUCAAAGCUGAAAAGAAAAUCUUGCUUACAGCGGCUUGCAAAAGUAUUCACACCUCUUAAAGAUUUGUUGCAUUACAAGUCCCAACUUCCAUAUCAUUUUCUGAGAUUUUGUGAUAGAACAACAGAAAAUAGUGCGUAACUGUAAAGUGUAAGCAACAAAGUGUAAUACUUUAUUUGCAGGCUGGGUUUAGAAAUAGUAGCCUCCAUAAAUGGGGUGCAUGCUCUACCUGUGCACCAUGGGUCUCCCCUAUUUAGCCCAUUUUCAUCUGCCACCCUUAAAAAAAAUCCAGUGCAAUCACAUGCUUUAAGAUGUAAACUAAUUUGAAAACAGGGUCCACCUUAGUGUAAUUUAACCUCAGUAUAAAUACAAUUGUUUUGUGAAUCUGACUGAACUUAAGCUAUUUAAUAAAGAAGAAUAGGCAAAAAUGUCAAUAUCUAAAUGUGCACAGCUGUCAUACCCCAAAAUACUUGCAGCUGUAUAUGUAGCUAAAGGUUGUUCAGCAAAGUAUCUGAAGGAGUCUGAAUACAAAUGCAUUCCACAUUUUUCAGAUUUGUAUGUGUAAAACAGUUUAAAAACCAUGUAUCAUGUGUUGGUGUAUCACAUAAAAAAGGUGUAAAAUACUGUAGCAGGUGUGGGUGUUAUGUGACAAAAUAUGGAGAAGUUCAAGGCAUCUGAUUACUUUUACAAUAGAUAUGUAAUUAUAGCAACUAUAACCGCAAUAAUAAAAAGAGUGUGCCGUGGUUGCUUCAAAUCAUUUGUCAUUUAAUCAGUUUCAAUUUAAAACAAAAUAGAUUGUUUGUUCUAAAAACAAGUAGCCAGUAAAGAAUAAUUAGCAUGUGUAAAAAUGUAAAAAAGAGAUCACAUAAUAAUUAAUCAAUAAUUAGAUUUGAAUCUAAAAUCAAGUAAAAGAUUGCAGUUCUGCUAUUGAUAUAGGUGGCAUGUUAUUUGUGUUCUGCACCAUACGUUGAAAUAAGUUAAAACAUUUUUAUAUCUAGAAUCGGUGUACAGUGAUAGCAGUAACAAUAACUCAAUGUAUAGCACUUCGCAGCUCGCUUGUUUAAAUCCAAAGUGCUGUUGUUUGCUUCUGACAGAUGUCGGUACAAUCUAAAAUUCCUUUUCACACAUAUUUUCCAAUUUAAACAGAUUAUUUUCAUCGUGUUUUGGCAGUGGCAAUACACUAACAGAUGCAACUGAUUGCUUAAAACUUUUGCUAUGUAUUCUAUUACUUGAACAAUAAAACAAAACAAUUUCAUUGCAAAUUAUAAUAAAAAACUUCACUUUCAAUCAUCACUGAAACAUACUUUACAUCUACUUUAAAUUGUUACUUUUUACAUUGUUUCCCCAUCAAACUGGUUCUGAUAAAAUCAUCACAUUUUAUAGCACAGUGUUAUAUCUUCCGUUUUAGUGUAGCAAAACAUUAAUGAAGCUAUUGUUCCGCUGGAAGACUUGAAAUGGUUGGCUAAAACUAAAGAUAUAGUCUAUAUCUAAUAAUAAUGAUAAGUGUGACCAUUUUUUCACGCCCAUUCAUUCAAUGUGAGUUUCUGUUUUAUUCUGUAAAUAAAGAAGCUGCCCCUUGCUGGCUUUUGAAAAUUAUGCACAUUAAUCUACUCUCUGUGCUGGCCUUAUUUUGUCAGAUAGAGGCAGAUUAUUCUGCAAACAUUUUUGUAGUGGUUGACAUUUAUUAGAAAUAUUUACAUUCUGAAGCAAUUAUGGUUCAGCAACCCUAUUAUGUUAGCUGAGGUAAUUAUCUGAAAGAUAAUUCAAUGGUUCUGUAUAAAUGAACUGUAACAUAAAUGUAAAACUGAGUUUGCGGAGAAAUAACAGCAUCUUUAUAAUUUGACUUUUGCAAAUGCAAUUGCUUGUGUUUUUAUGAAGAAAGCCUUUUCAAAUUAAUCGCUUUAUAUCAAUGUACUGAUAAAAUAAUGUAGCAAAAUGAUAUUGUUCAUUUUGGUAAACAUUUUCUAUGUUGUUAAAUUUAGAGCAGAUAUACUCGUUGUUAUUGUAGAACUUUCAUUUAGUACUUUAAAUGGUCAGAACUUUUGAUUUGAUAUUUGGUAGCUUGUGAACAGUUCUUAGGCUUUAGGUGCUAUAUUGAAAUAUGCAGAAUGCUUGGUCAGAAGCCCAUGCCUCACAGCUUAAUGCACGGCAUACUAUUUCAGAGCUGUACGGUGGAUCUGGUGGUUAGCACUGUUCUCACACAGACAGGUAGAAGCUCAAUAGUUCAAAUCUUGGCUUAGACCCUUUGUGUGGAGUUUACAUGUUUUUACAUCUAGUUGCAUAUCCUCCACCCAGUUCCGCAGCCCUGAAGAGGAUUAAGCAGGUGCAACAAGUGAGUGAGGCACUGGUUCAACAUACAGGUUAGCUAAAGUAAAUUUAUUUGAACAUCUGAAGUGUAUCCCAUAACAACACACCUAAAUGCUCUGUGGUUACCCAGAAAUCAGAGAACUAUGUUAUAAGAGUGUCACUGUAAAGUGUUACUGACUUUGUGAAAAGAAUGUGUUUAACCAAUGUAAUAACAACCUCCUAAAUAUUACGUCGAAAAUUUGUUUCCUAAAAACAAUAACUAAUAAAAGACAUGUGAUAUUUUUGUGCCAACAAUAAAUCUCAAUUAUUUUUAAUAAUAAUUCAAAAGGGGCCCUGACCACCCAUCAGAUGUUAUUAGAUCACAACAUAUGCUCACAAAACAUAAUGCAAAGACCUGUGAUUCUCACAUUCAGUGGAACGACAACCGGGGUGUCAUGAUUUGUGGGUGUUUUUGGGUUCUUCUUCUUAUUAUUAUUAUUCUUGAUAGGUUUUGAAUCAUGCUUCUGUUAUUUUCCUGGUCAUGCUUUAGUUUUUGUCUUCUAGUUCAUGUUUUGUUAAGUUAUGUUUUUUGGAUCCGGUUAUGCUUUAGUUUCAUGGUUUACUAGUUGUGUUUAAAUUUGUAUUCAAGAGUCUCUGUUUUGCUCCAGUCACUUUCUGUCUCUUGUUUUUAAUCAUCUUCAUUCGGUUCACCUGCACCUAGCAUUCAGUCUCCUCGUUUCACCUGGUUUUUGCUCCAUAUAUACACAUCUGUUCUGUUUAUUACUCGCGGAAACAUUUUGGAUCAUUCAUCUCUAUUCAUGUCAUGUCCUUUACUCAUGCCAAGCCUGUCUUGCCAGCCUGCCCAUUUCUGUUUUGCCACUGAAGUAAGUUUUGUUUAUUAAACCUUUACUUAACGUCA